UAACUGAAGAUGAAAAAUGUCCAGAGAGAGAGCGCGAGAGAGAAAGGGAAAGCACUAUAAGGCCCUUUGUAUUCCCCGUAUCCGCCCUCCAAUAAAAAAUGGUCCGUGUCAUGCACCGGAGUCCCCGUGGCCCAACUCUUUCUCACCAGUCACCACCAUUCACCAGUCAUUUAUAAAUUUUACUAAUGGUUGCCUUGCCCCUCUUCAAACCAUACUCAACCUCCCCGUCUCCGAAUUCAACAGAACAGCUCAAAGCCCCCCAUCCCCUUCUAAAUGCUCAAACCCACCAUAUUUUGACAUUUUUACUCCGCCGUUUGGAAGGCUGACUGAACACUUCCAACAAUUCAGUUUCUCCGUAUCACAUUUUGGUAUCCUACGUGAAAAAGGAGAAGCAGAUAGGAGAAAUUUACAAAAGGAUAUCUCUUUCGACAACUUAGCAGAAUCCCAAGGCCCCAAAAGCUAAAAUUCGUUUGUUGGGCAAUCUCUGAGGUCACAAAAAGCAAAAAAAAAAAAAAAAAAAGAGGAACGACGGGGACGACGGCAACAACGGUCGUCUGAGUCUCGUCACGUGAACGAUGACUCUGAUUCAGAACGUAAGAUAUUAUCUGUCGGAACAUCCUUCAAUCGUUAAAUUCCGGUGGAGCAACACGGAGUUGUGGGGAUCCACCUGGUCCUUCCUCUUCACCUCCAUCGCCGCUUACGUGGUUUUCUCCGUCUUCCUCCACCUCCUCCUCAACAUCCUGAUUUUCCGCCGCAACCACCACCGACCCCUCCCUCUGGGGCCCCUCCCGGCCCUCCAUUCCCUCUCCAUGGCCCUCAUCUCCGCCACCAUCUUCUCCGGGAUCCUCCUCUCCACCGCCGCCGAGAUCCGCGACACCCGUUGGUUCUGGCGCCGCUCCAAAACCACCACUUUCCAGUGGCUGCUUUGCUUCCCUCUGGGCACGCGCCCCUCGGGCCGCGUCUUCUUCUGGUCCUACAUUUACUACCUCUCCCGCUUCCUCCACAGCCUCCGCACCUGUUUCACAAUCCUCCGGCGCAGAAAACUCUCCGUCUUCCAAAUAUUCAACCACUCCAUCCUAAUCUUCGUGUCAUUUUUGUGGCUGGAAUUCUCUCAAUCGUUCCAAGUCCUGGCCAUCCUGCUGACGACUUCCAUAUACGCCGUGGUCUACGGGUACAGAUUCUGGACCGCAAUUGGGCUGCCGAGCGCGUGUUUCCCCUUCGUGGUGAACUGUCAGAUGGUUUUGUUGGGGUGCAAUCUGGCGUGCCACAUCGGGGUGCUUCUGCUGCACCUAAUAAAGGGUGGCUGUAACGGAAUGAACGCGUGGACAUUCAAUUCGGUGCUGAACGGGGCAAUUCUUUUGCUGUCGUUGAAUUUCUACGUGAAAACGCAUCUGCGGACGAGAAGAAAAAAGCAGGCCGUCGGCGUUGAAUGUGAGAAUCUCCAUUCCUCGAUGAAGGGGAAAGAGGCUGACAACAAUUUGGACGCAGUCAAAGAUAAAGAUCUUUGAGAGAGUCGUACAUCUUUGACAGGAAGGAAGGAAAUCGGCCAUUGGGAAUGUUGGAAUUAAUCGCGUCUUCUCUGGUGUAUCAUUCAUGGGAUCAAAACUAAUCAGUUUUAGACUAAUUGAAUAAUCGAAUGAUAAUGAUAUAUGCCCUUUUCAGUUUGGCUGGCCAUCUGCUUCAAUCAUCGCCAUGGACUCGUAGAUUUUUCAAUUCACUGAGUAUUAUUAUUAUUAUUAUAUUAUAUCGAAACUGACUGCAAGUUGACUUUUACUGUGUAAAACGCCUUCCUUCUCCUCUCACUCCUACUUCAAGGCGGGUCUGCUCUGCUUGUAAAUCAUUAAGAGUCUGUGUCUGUCUACAUUAAUCAUGUGUACAAAUUUUGUGUGUUCAUGGUGCUGAA